GACGAGAUACUUUCGUUUAGAACCUUGCCUGUUUGUCUGCGUCCUACAGCCGCGCCCCUUUGUGUUACCUGAGCCCGACUGCUCCAAGAAGUGUUGACUUGAUCCUGUUCUGACUUGUUGGAAGGAGAAAUAACAACCCACGAGUUGUUGGAGUUAAAUCAGAGAGUAAAAGUGUUUUUUCUGUUCCUGCACCCGAGACGACAAAGUGAAAGUACAGGUACACUGAAGGUACGACGGCGGCUGCGGAGCAUACCUGUGAUUAUUCUGCUGCUCUGCAAUGGGUUGCUUUUAUUUCCUGGCCUCGUUCUUAUUUACCUCCUGCCUCGUUCUAGGUGCUGAACCGCCUACAAAAUAUGUCCUCAAGGGGACGGGGGAGAGCUUGAAGCCGACCUUUUCUGGACAACCAAAUUCAAUUCUGUGGAAACAUAACGGAAACAAAGUGGUGGAGUUUGACAGCAGAGAGGAACAGGUGUACGGAGCGUACAAAAACAGGAUCACUCUCGACUGGGUCUCGGCAGAGCUCGAAAUCACCGGCCUCAAGUUUGAAGACAGAGGACUCUAUGAAGUGGAAGUCGACAUCAACAACAUGUUACAUCUGUCAGAAUUCAAACUGGAGGUCAUAGGUUGGUGAAAGUUGGUGCAGUAGCACAGAAGCUGAUGGAACAUGUCAAAGUUUAGAAGGUGAACUGGCUACAGGUUAGUAACAUGAUGGUUUAAAAAAAAGAUGUGAAGGGCGUCUGUGAAAGUCUGUGCUGAGGUGAAACAAUUAGAAUCUUGUUGUUGUUUUUUUUACUUACAAUUGAAAUGAAUGUGGGGCGUUCAUUGUCUGCAAACUUUACAUCAUAUAAAAAGAUUCAGAGAAUCUAAAGAAAUAUCUGUAAGUGGAGGACAAGGCCAACAAAACAAACUGUGUGUCCCUGAGACAGCCCUGCUUUAAAAACAGAUUCUGUAGUGGACACGGCAUUGGCUCAGAAACAGAGUUCUAGCUAGCUGGAAAAAAACUCCUUAAUGUACGUCGCUUUGGACAGAAGCAUCUUGUGAAUGAACUGUAGAAUCAGGCACACAACAGAGAAAUCUAAAGAAACUGCUGAAGCUGUGAAGAAAAGCUGAAACAUCAGAAGAUGAGUUAUUUUUCCAGAAAUCAGUUUUAAACUUUGUGGCUUUAAGCCCUCAGAAGCUGAACUGAAUGGAUGUGCAAGGCUGAUACAGAUUCAGUGAGUCACACUGUUGGGCUGUAAAAUCUGCUUUAUGUAGAAUAUUACCAAUGAUCAACUUCAGACCUGUUAUAAAACCUUUCACCACAGGUUUUAUGGCUGUUGUGGGGACAUCUUUAUAGACUUUGUACUUUUGGCAACGUUCAUAUUUCAAGUCGCUCAUUCAAGUCGCUCAUUUCCAGUUUGCCUGCAUAUCACCUCACACCCAUCAUCCCCCCACCACUCCUCCUGGUCACACACACACAUCUCUCAUCCAUCUGUA